GUGCAGUGCAGAUCAAAUCAGACAAAAGACAAUGGCAUCAGCAGCGCCUUUCUCCGGCAGUCUCCUUCGCCUGACAAAACCAGGAACACCACAGCCCCCGUUCUUCUCCCCUCCGCCGUCUCGUUCCCACUUCGACCUUCGAAACCGACCCCCUAAGACAAAGAGGCCAAUCGCCGGAGCAGCAGGAGCCCUCGCCUCUUCUUCCAUGGCGGCAGCCCAGCCCCAGAUGCGCGAUGGCCAAAAACAAGGGGCGGAGGAGGCCAUGAAGCUGCUGUUCGUCGAGAUGGGCGUCGGUUACGACCAGCACGGACAGGACAUCACCUCCGCCGCCGUGCGCGCCUGCAAGGAUGCCAUCUCCUCCAACUCCAUCCCCGCCUUCCGCCGCGCACGGAUUGCGCCUGCAGGGUCGAUACCAGGGGUGAACAGUGAGCAGAUGAAGCUGCAGAUCAAGCUGGGUGUCCCGAGGCCGGUGCAGCAUCUGUUGGACUUUGAGAGAAUCAAGGCCGUCUUCCCCUAUGGUGAGAUCACUAGCUGUGAGGUCGUUGACGGCGGGAUGAUCUGUUCAAGUGGAACAUGCAUCGAAGCAAUGGGAGAUAAAAACGAUGACUGCUACAUUGUCAAUGCUGCCGUCUACGUCGGUUACUAAUGUUAGCCUGAAGGAAUUGUUGUCUUGGAACAGUGGAAAACUUAAAGGAAAAAAACCCGGACCGGGAGAGGGAAACUGGACAUUCUCGUAGGCAAUAAGCUUGUAUAACUGCUAUAUGAACAGAGAAAGGGUCAAAAUAGGGGGAGACCAGCCUCCCGUUAAUCCAUCCUGCUACCGGGGGUCACCGGUUGUCUUACCCUAACCCCCUAAGAGGCUAAGACGGCAAUCUCGCCGUGAGUUUCAUUGUUGGAGUUCAUCGGAAUUGGCCUGUACAUUGUCAUCUCGUGUUGUAUGGUGUGGGGAGGUGGAGGAUGUUGACCUUAUUCUCUUCUUUUUGUGGCGUGUGAUCGUCUCGUAUGAGAGGUUGCCCUGAAGUAUUGCCUUGCUACUAGGUCCACGGACCAAUUCAAACCCAAUUUGUCUUGA